AUGCCGUGGAAGUCGUCCGAGAAGGACGAGUCCUCGCGUGGUGGCGCGUCCGCCGGGGCCGUGGACGCGCGGCCCAAGCCCAGGCCCGGCCACGCGCGGAGCAAGAGCAGCAUUGUCCUGGGAAGCGCUGUCAAGGCUGGCAAGAGCGUCAUCCGGAAGAGCGCGCGGGUGAUCACGAGCGCGGUGUUCCGGGGCACCACGGAGGAGGAGCGCGUCUACAAGCACCUGCCGCGGAAGUUCCACGGCGUGCGCGUGCAUGGGGUGCGAGACCAGCGCAGACUGGCCAAGACGCUCGCGCGGUUCGACAAGUACCAGUCCCAGAACUAUGACCGGCAGGAGAGCGACCUGACUAGGGGCAUACAGACGGACCGGUCUCUGAAGGACUUCCAGUGGGACGAAUACUGGCGCUGGGGCCUCCCGAUUCUCAUAGGGGUCCUGGUCGGUCUGAUUGCUUUCUUCGUUGACUGGGUCAUCCACGACCUCGGACACGCCAAGUACGCCGCCGCGGAGAGCCUCAUCGGGGACGACAAGUCGUUCUGGCGGCCGUUCCUGUUGUUUGUGUUCAUGUCGACAGGCCUGUGCGCGGUGGCGGGGUUCUGCGGGUCGGUGCUCGCGCCCGCGGCGGCCGGCAGCGGCAUCUCCGAGAUCAAGCUGUACUUGAACGGCGUCCGCAUCCCCGGCAUGCUGUCCCUCCAGACCCUGGCCGCCAAGGCCGUGGGGGUGUGUUUCACCAUCACGGGGGGGCUCGUGGCCGGGAAGGAGGGCCCGUUCGUGCACUCCGGCGCGAUCGUCGGCGGCGGCCUCGGCGGCAUGGGCUCGAUGGCGCUCACGCCACUCUGGCGCAAGCUCACCAAGGACAGCCGCGCGGAGUUCAAAACCAAACACCCCGAGGCCCUCAGGAACCCGGAGGACCACCGCGACUUCGUGGCGAUCGGCGUCGCGGCGGGCGUGGCGGCGUCGUUCAGCGCGCCCAUCGGCGGCCUGCUGUUCACCCUCGAGGAGGCCGCGACCUACUUCAGCGUGUCUGGCGUGUUCUGGCGCUCGUUCGUGGCCACGUGCUCGAGCGUGCUCACGAUCAACGCGAUGUUCCUCUUCCGCGACGACGGCGCCGCGACGCUCACCAAGGAGCUCGGAACGCACCGCGAGGUCGGCCUCGUGUCGGACAUCGAGGCGCGCUACGGCCAAGUCUUCUACUACCGCAUCUGGGAGCUGCCGGUGUUCGUGGCGAUGGGGGUCGCGGGCGGCGUGCUCGGCGCGACGCUGGUGUGGUCGAACAAGCACGUCUCGCGGUGGCGCAGGAAGUACAUCCCGCCCUCGCGCAGGUACCUCCGGUGGGCCGAGGUCGUGGCCAUCGGGUUCGUCACGUCGGUCGUCUUCUUCGUGGCCGCGUACGCGUCGCCCUGCAAGGGCCUCCCCGCGCUCCUCGACGGCAGCUCCAGCACCUUCACAGCGCUGCCCGCGGACGUCCAGCGCCGCCUCCUCGAGGACAUGCACGAGUUUCCGCGGCUGUGGUGCGACGAGGGGGAGUACUCCGAGAUGGGGGCUCUGUUCUUUACGUCCCUCACGGAGGCCGCGCGCAAGAUCGUGCACGUGGGGUCCCCGCUCACGCAGGACCCGUACAACUUCCCGAACGGCGCGCUCCUCGCGUUCGCCGCCGUCGCGCUCGUCGGCGCCACCGUCACCAACGGGUGCGGCGCCCCCACGGCGCUCUUCAUCCCGUCGAUCGCGUUCGGGGCGGCGCUGGGGCGUUUCGUGGGGCAGGGCGUGGCGAUCGUGGCGGGCGAGAUCGACGGCACCGCGGGCGGGCGGACGUCGCUGCCGACGUACGCGGUGGUGGGCGCCGCAGCGAUGCUCAACGGAACCAGCAGGAUGACGCUCGCGAUCGCGGUGCUGGUCAUCGAGACGACUGGCGCGCUGCAGCUCGUGAUUCCCGUCAUGUUCGCGGUGCUCGCGUCCAAGGUCAUGGGCGACGCGCUGGGCAAGUCGAUCUACGAGGUCACCAUUUCGCGGCUCAACGCGCCGAUGCUGGAGGAGCCGCGCUCGAGCUACCGACACAACGCCAUCUCGCUGAAGCUCAACGUGAGCGACAUGGCGAGCAACAACGUCGUCGCGCUGCCCCCCGUCGUCCCCGUCCGGAACCUCAUCUCCGUCCUGCGGCUCGUCAAGCACAACUCCUUCCCAGUGACGCACCAGGUGUACAAGGCCUUCAACGGCGACGCGUUCGAGCUGCACGGCGCCGUGGAGCGCGAGCUGCUGCUCAAGAUGCUGCGGUCGCGCACGGGGUUCGUUGAGCGCAAGGAGUGCGAGCCGCACGGCGACUGGUACAACAGCGAGGACGACAGCGACCUGGGCGCCGCGGGCAGCGUGGGGGCGUCGCCGCGCGCCAAGGGGAAGGCCACGCAGGGGGUGCGGAUACCGCACGACCUGGCGGCGCGGCAGCGCUGGGUCGAGGCGACGAACGCCACGGUGAUCAAGACGCGCGUUUCGGAACAGGAAGACAUAUUUCGCGCGUUGGAGCGGGAGAUCGACUUGGACGACUGGGUGGUGGACCUGCGGCCCUUCAUGCACCGCUCGCCGCACGUCUUCCCCGCCGACGCGUCGAUGCUGCGCGCCUACACCAUCCUGCGCGGCCUCGGCCUGCGCUACGUCUUCGUGACCGACAAGCGCCCGCAGGUCACGGGGAUCCUCACGCGGAAGGACCUGACCUUCGAGAACGCGGAGCUCGUCCUGACGCAGCAGGCCAUGGCCUCGGGCCACCUCGAGCCCACGCAGGACCUCCUCAGCGCGGGGCUGCAGCGCGAGCGCAAGAAGGGGUACGGCGGCGGGCUGCGGGAGCUGCAUCGGAGCCGGAGCCGGGCGUCGUUCAAGUCGCUCGCGCCGCACACGCCGACGUCGCCCAUGGGCCGGAACGGGCACGGGCUCGGGUCGCGUGCCGAGGCGCUGCCGACGAUCCCGGCCGAGGAGGAGGCAGUGCCGCUGGAGAUGACGAGCGGGCCGGCGAUCGCGGAGCACAUUUUGGGGAUGGACAGCGAGGCGCAGAGGCUGAACUUGGGGGCGCCGGAGCCCGAGCCGGAGCCGGAGCCGGAGCCGGAGCCGGGGGUGGGUGCAGAGGCAGCGAACGGGGCGUCUCAGAACGGGGCGAGCCCCCGCGGCGUGGGGGUGCGCUGGGCGUCGGAGGGCGGGGCGAGCGCCUCGCGGCGGAGCGAGGCGCAGGGGGGGAUGUCUGGUCGCGCGGGGGAGGAGUUGACUCAGGAGGAGCGGCAACAGCGGCGGACGCUGCAGCGGAAGUCGGCGGCGCAGAUGGCGGCGAUCCGCAUGGAGGCGCUGCGGGGCGAGCUGGACGAGGGCGACCUGGCGGACAUGUUGGCCAAAGCGAGCAAGUAG